AUGUUGAUGCCAAGUAUGCUCCAGAAACCCACACGCGCUUUCCUUCAUGGCUUAAAGGACUUAAGAAAGGACCAUUUUGAAGAUUCACGUUUUGAGGCCCCCACAACGUCAGGCUAUGAAGGCUCUGCAGAAGAACGCCGUCUUUUCGGUGCCGAACUUCAAGCGAAACGCGGAAAUGUUCAAGAGACUCCCUUGUCAAAUGAACUCGUUGAAGAGAUCGAGAUCUUUGAGCAAGAAGGAGGGUUCCAGGCAUGGCUUGUUGUGUUUGGGUCAUUCAUGGGGCUUAUUCCUGUGUUUGGUACCGUUAAUUCAUUGGGAGCUAUUGAGUCAUACAUUUCCAAGCAUCAGCUUGCUUCUGAGUCUUCAACUGUCGUAUCGUGGAUUUUUUCUAUUUACCUAUCUCUCACUUUUUCGAGUUGUAUAAUUGCGGGAGGGUACUUUGACAGAAAUGGAGGGCGUGAUCCACUAUGUGUGGGGACCAUACUCUUUACUGGGGCUAUAAUUGCAACUGCGGACUGCAAAACAGUCUGGCAGUUUAUUCUAGCCUUUUCUGUUCUUGGAGGUAUUUCUUCUGGAAUCCUUAUGACACCUCUUGUUAGCUGUGUUGCCACAUGGUUUUUGAAAAAAAGGGGCCUCGCUACCAGCAUAGCAACGAUUGGGGGGUCAGUAGGGGGUGUUAUUUUUCCUGUUAUGUUGAGGAGUCUGUACUCGAAGGUUGGGUUUUCGUGGGCUUUACGCAUUUUAGCACUGAUAUGUUUUUCUUGUCUUGCCUGUUCCAUUAUCUUUGCCCGCGAAAGACAAAAGCCGGAGUCUAAGCCGUUUCACACUAAAACCGAGGCUUUUAAAUGGUACUUAAAUUCAUCGCUUAACUGGCGCUACUUCCUGGAUUGGAAGUUCUUAUUUGCGUCUCUAGGAAUGGGUUUUGCAGAAAAUUCCCUUACCGCUUCUUCCACAUAUCUGGCUUCGUACUCUUUAGCGCGCGGCAAUUCAGAAGAGGUUUCCUAUGCAUUGAUCGCUACUACUAAUGCGGUUGGAAUUUUUGGAAGAUACAUACCAGGUUACCUAGCCGAUAGAUGGACAGGACGCUUCAAUAUGGUCAUCAUUACGGUUUCAUUGGCGGCAUUUUUCAACUUAGUAAUGUGGCUUCCCUUUGGCGGCAACGUGAAAGUCUUAUGGGCGUACUCGAUCCUGUAUGGCUUUACAACGGGAACGAUACUUUCCUUACCCCCCGUAUGCAUCGGACAAAUUUCAAGAACUACCGACUUUGGGAAGCGAUACUCAUCAGCUUAUUUUUUAGAGGCACUCAUGACUAUUCCAGUUAUCCCCGUAGGUGGUGCGAUAAUCGGCUCUGGAAAAAUUUCUAACUACAAUGAUUUCAUAGUCUACAGUUCCAUGAUGAUGAUCGCGGCGUCGAUAUGCUUUAUAAUUUCACGUUCCAUUUGCACGGGUUUCAGAAUGUGUAAAUUCUGA